AUGUCAUUUUUAUUAAACAGAUAUAUUGAUGCUCUUGGAUGUGCAGACCUGCGAACAAGGCGACUACGUCGGCAGCAUACAUUACCAGUGCUACGCAGUGCAAACACAUAUCGACAUGGUGCCCUCCAGUUAAUGAUCCAUACAAUUGAUCCAAUAAGUAAUAGAGAACUUCAGGAAAAAGCAGUCAAAUUGCAGGAAUUAGCAACAAAAAGUGACGAUGAAGAAAAAGGUGAUGAAACAGUUAAGGAGAAUGUUCCUGGGUCUCAAUUACCCCAAAAUGGCAAUGGUGUUGCCCUGGGUAGCGGUAACCGUAACAACUAUGCAUCUACAGUUUCAAUAAUUAAUGCUGAACAGUUACCUGAGCAAUGUACUCCACCGUGCCAAAGUUAUUCAAACGAGACUGUGACCAGCCCCGAAGCCAGCGAAAUCAAGCAACAUCGACAGUCACAGGAUGCGUCAUCAAAUACAACGCAAAUCACCACAUUGGAAACACCGCUAGAUGCUCCCAGGGAUACCUCUCCUGUUACAAACUUACAUGCAAGUACACAAAGUGAUCAAGUUCAAGCUGGUGAGGGUGCUGCCACUGAAUUCAGCAGAACCGGCACGAUAGAUGCUAUCUCACAGAAAGGCGAUGAGGAAGAUGAGGAAGAAGAACCACUUGAUCUGAGCUGGCCAAAGACAAAUAAGAAGCGGAUCACAUACUUGGUUCUAGCACCAAUUGUAAUCCCAUUGUGGUUGAUGUUACCAGACGUAAGGCGACCAGAAAAAAGGAAAUGGUUUGCAAUCACCUUUUUAGGUAGCAUAUUGUGGAUAGGUAUAUAUGCGUAUUUCAUGUUGUGGUUUGCUGAACAAAUCGGCGAGACAAUCGGUAUACCAGAUGUGGUGAUGGGCUUGACGUUUAUAGCAGCGGGUACCAGCAUUCCAGAUCUAAUCACCAGUGUCAUUGUUGCCAGGAAGGGACUCGGUGAUAUGGCAGUUUCCAGUUCAGUUGGAAGCAAUAUAUUUGAUAUCACAGUGGGAUUACCAAUACCAUGGUUAUUGUACAGUGCAAUCUAUGCUGGAAAAGCAGUGUCUGUGAUAAGCUCUGGUCUUUACUGUUCCAUUGUCUUGUUGUUUCUAAUGCUGAUUUUGGUGAUCACAGCCAUCAUGGUCAACAAAUGGAAAAUGACCAAAUACCUGGGGAUAACCAUGUUUGUACUGUAUGCAGUGUUUCUCACACUCAGUAUCUUGUUAGAAUACCAAAAAAUUGUAUGCCCCCUCUAA